AUGUUCGCGAGUCAACUUGCUACGGCAGCUCUGUUCGGGGCGACAUGCGCUCUCGCUGCUCCUCUUAACUCUCAGGACGAGCGCUCCACGGUCUCCGACCUGGUCGGUCUCAGUCCGGUCACGCCUACACAGCUGGCCAUCACCAUUGAUCCCAAUUUCCAACGAGAUUCAUGUAUCACCGCUACAAAGUUGAUCGACGGAAGAGUCUUUUGGAUCUGCAGAGAUACUUUGAACCUCCAGAACGAGACUUUGAAUGAAUACAUCGGAUUCAUCGAAUCUUCUAGCGCAAGUUGGUCCAACCAGACAGCAGCCGGGAACGCUCCGGUUCUUACACCUGUUCCCGCUAGUCAAGGUCAGAAACCCGUGACUUCUGGGUUCUCUCAGCAGUUGACUCAGUACGGAGGACCAUUCCCCUUGACCACACCGUAUCUAUACUACGCACCAGACCAAUAUCCCCCUGGAGGUGCUGGCCCCGAUUUUUCAAGAUACGAAGAAUGGCCUGAUGCGCCACUGUACAUCACCGAUGUCGCCUCUGACGGUACCACUACUGGCUACCUUUUCCCCACCGCCGCUGCCAAUGGUGGAAACAUCACCGAUGAAUUUCCUGGAACCACUCUGUACAAAAUCACCUAUACCCCAACUUCAAACCUCAGUACUUUACCAACUGUCGAAAUGAUCGCUGAACACUUCUUCCCUCGAUAUGGAUUCAACUACGGAGCCUUUGGGGGUGUCAUUUCUCCCACCGAUAAUAUGUUGUAUCUGUGGGGAGAGACCUACGCGUUCUACGGACUCUUUGUGCAGAAUCCUGUUUACAACGUGUCUCUCGGUCUCGCCCGGGUGGCCCUGGAUUCGAUCGAGAACAUUGACGCUUAUGAGUAUUAUUACCCUGCGACGAACACUUGGAACGAGACCCAACCCAACAUUUACAACAAGGCUGCCAACGUCACCGUGGGUUAUAUCACUGGUCAAGGCACAUUUUUCUACAAUGAAAAGGAGUCGGUAUACGUCUUCGUGGGUCAGAACCAGAAUGAAACCAACAUGGAAGUCACGUACUCUGUCGCUCAGCAACCCGAAGGUCCUUGGUCGCUUGCGGCGCCUCCAGUCACACUCUCCAACGACUUCUCGUACAGUCUUGCUGCUCAUCCUGAGAUGGGAGAUGACCCCAACAAUCUCUACGUAUCCUUCACAGCAAACUUUGAUGACAGCACGGGCAAAAACCAGUACAAGCAGCCGCUAUACCAGCUGCAGUUCGACUGGACCAAUCUGGACGGAGUUCUACAGAGCCUACCUAAAUUGACUUAA